AUGCUACGCCUCUUGCUUCUUCUCUUAAGUCUUUUAAAGCUCCUUUUGUUCUCUUCUUUCCUUGAUAUUAACACCCGAGCCCGAGGUCGGAGAAAAGGCCUGUUGUUCCUGCAUUUCCUAAAAAGGUGGAUACUUUGUCAGUGGAAUUCUUUCCCUUGUUGUAAGAUUGGGUACGCAACCCUCGCUUUCAAGGCUCUUUUUCGGCUUCUUCUUUCCUGUUGUUUUCUACAAUCGGAUGUGUUAAGCAUAUUAGUACGGUUUUUCAGAGUUGCUAAUUUCUUGACAAAACCCGGGUUUUUUUGA